CAUAUGGAUAUAGAUUGAGUCAACAACUCGAGAUUGUGUUGUCUCUUUCGCUGAAUUUUUAUCUUCACACUUCAAACCCAACACGUAAAAACUCUCUCUCUAUGCUUCACCUCUUUCGCUAUUUCUCUAUCCAUCAUCAUGAGACGCUACUUCUCCAAAUUCCUUCAUUCGGCAAUUCGAUUCAACACAUCAAUUUCAAUUCCGGUGAAAUUUGAGUCGAGAAUUUGUAAUCUUCAAACCUUAAUCAAAGGAAAUUCUAGUCAUUAUUAUUCUACAGAAACUUCAGUAAUAUCUUGUGAUUUGUUAUCAGAAGAAAAGCCGAAAGAGAACUCUGUUUCUGAUAUGUUGGUUGAUUCAUUUGGAAGGAUUCAUACUUAUUUGAGAAUUUCCUUAACAGAGAGAUGUAACUUAAGGUGUAAGUAUUGUAUGCCAGCUGAGGGUGUGGACCUGACUCCUACCUCUCAGGUUUUAACGAAAGACGAGAUUCUGCGAUUGGCUGGUUUGUUUGUGAGUUCUGGUGUGAAUAAAAUACGGUUGACGGGUGGUGAGCCGACUAUUAGAAAGGAUAUUGAAGAUAUAUGUUUUGAGUUGUCGAGUUUGAAGGGGUUGGAGACGUUGUGUAUGACUACGAAUGGGAUUGUGCUUGCGAGAAAACUUCCGAAGCUUAAAGAGUGUGGACUUACUUCUUUGAACAUUAGUGUAGAUACGCUUGUACCGGCAAAGUUUGAGCUUAUGACGAGACGGAAAGGGCAUAACAAAGUAAUGGAUUCAAUUAAUGCUGCUGUUGAUCUUGGUUAUGAUCCGGUUAAGGUGAAUUGUGUUGUAAUGCGUGGAUUCAAUGACGAUGAAAUCUGUGACUUUGUUGAGCUGACGCGUGAAAAGCCAAUUAAUGUUCGGUUCAUUGAGUUCAUGCCUUUUGAUGGAAAUGUUUGGAAUGUCAAGAAACUUGUACCUUACUCAGAAAUGUUGGAUACAGUGGCGAAACAGUUUACUAGCUUAAAAAGAGUUAAGGAUCACCCGACAGAAACGGCUAAGAAUUUCACCAUAGAUGGCCAUAAAGGAAAAGUUUCAUUUAUCACAUCAAUGACUGAACAUUUUUGUGCUGGUUGCAAUAGAUUGCGACUACUAGCCGAUGGAAACUUAAAAGUUUGUUUGUUUGGACCUUCAGAGGUAAGCUUAAGAGAUCCCAUGCGGAAUGGUGCAGAGGAUCAUGAGCUUAGGGAGAUAAUAAGUGCUGCGGUGAAGAGGAAGAAACCUUCCCAUGCCGGUAUGUUUGACAUAGCGAAGACAGCAAAUAGGCCUAUGAUACAUAUUGGUGGAUAAGGUAUAUCAUAUAUUGGUAAAACUCGCUCAUAUGACCAAACACCAUAGCACCGCCAAACAAAAGCAAUCUGAAUUAAGCAUUGACCGAGAUCUUCGACAACCGGCGAUACCUUUAGCACAAAUUUUGUUGAUCAUAUGUACUUUUAGCAAAUAUGAAAGGGUUGAAGAAUAAAGCUCAUUGAUGAUGAGUAUAUUAGUGAAUAAUGCCAAUCUGGUCUUUUAUAUUCAGAUCAUGUUGAUCUUUCUUAGUGGAUAGUUUAUUUAAAUAUUGAGCUUAAAAUUUGAAGGUGGAUUCUUGUUGUAUUUAUAUAGCAAAUUGGAAUUUUGAUAAGAUUGAUAA